AUGGAAUUAUAAUUAAGUUCGAUAAUUUUGAUUUCACAAUUUCAAACAUAGAAUAGAUUUAUAUCAAUAGGCAAAUUAAGAAUUAGAGACAGAGAAUAUAUAUGAUUAAUUUUAUCAUUCGAAAAGGAGCUUGAAAAAAAUAAGAAUCAAAAAAGCUUUUGAAUAAUAAUUUUAAAUUGAAGAAAAAUCGAGACAUGGAUAUGAAUAUUUUAAGUAGUAAUAAAUAGAAGACUUAAGUUUAGAGUUAAAUACAGACUUUUAUAUAAAAAAUAUCUAAUCAAAUAACUUUUAAUUUUUAAGACUUUUAGUGAAUAUUUAUAUAGUUGAAGCUAUUAAUUAUUUUUAUAAAUAAUAUAUAAGUGUCUUUAUAGAAAAAAUGUUUUAUUUAGAGCAAAUAAUUGAAUAAAUGAUAUUUAAUUAUAGAAGGAUGGAUUGA